GUCGUUCGUUUUGUGUGCUGUGUAUACUUUAAUACAAAAGUUUCGUGAAAUCUGCUUGCAGACAGCUUUUACGUUUUUAUCGUGGAGUCAUUUUUGCAGCGAUCCCAUUAAUAAGAACUUUUCUAUACGUUUUCUAUUGUUGAGCACUCCCGUGUUUUUCGCCGGCAAUCGAAGUUCCGUGUGUGCACUUUGGUCGCUUGGAGAUUAUCAAAAUGUUUCGGGCGGCCUCAUUAAUGUUGCGGCGUAGCAAUGCCGGCGCCGUCUGCCACACGCAUAAUACGAAAUUACGGUUACCUCUGCUAAUGGUAUCUCUGAGAAGUAUGUCAAGGGGGGGCUUCUUUAAAUCAUUUUACGAAAAUUUGAAGCAGGACCUUGAAAGGAAUAAGGAAAUAAAAGAAAAUUUGAGAAAGUUUAAGGAAGAGGCAGCUAAACUCGAGCAAAGUGAGGCUUUACAGAAAGCUCGGAAGAAAUUUAAGGCCAUUGAGCAGGAGUCCUCUAGCAAAGUUUCAGAACACUUUGAGAAGAUAAAGGAACAGGUUGGUGAAACGAUCGAAAAAACCAAGAUCGGAGAAGAGGUAACAAAACACGCUGAGGCCGCGAAGAGGACGAUCGAAAAUAUUGCCCAGAAAGGCGACGAAAUUUUAUCAAAAAGCGAUACCCUUAAAGCAGUCUCCGCAAGUAUGGAGGGUGAGCGUAUUUACCGAGCUCCGCAGGUUCUUCUGAAACGAUCCGCAUUAUCAGCGCAACACAAGGAUAUAACGGUAAAAGCCAAUCAAGACGCUCAAGGAGUGGAGCUUCACCGAGACUCCAAAUGGGCACAAGGUUGGGAAAACUUUAAGAACUCUAAUCCAUAUGUAAAUAAAUUUAUGGCAAUGCGCACCCAAUUGGAAGAAUCAGAAAACCCUCUAGUACGGGCUUCGCGAGCAAUUACAUAUAAGCUGCAAGACCUGUUUGGAGGAAUGUUCGAAUCGACGGAGCUAAGCAAAGUCUAUACUGAAAUUCUUAAGAUGGAUCCCAAUUUUGACAAAGUUCAAUUUGUGCGCACCCUUGAGAGACAGAUUAUUCCUACAAUUCUGGAAGCUAUGAUUCGACCAGAGUUGGAAAUUUUAAGGGACUGGAUGUAUGAAGCACCUUAUAAUGUUCUUUCGACACCAAUUAUCCAAGGAUUGAAAGACGGCCUACGUUUUGAUUCGAAAGUGCUAGACAUCGCUAACGUAGAAAUUGUUAUGGGCAAAAUGAUGGAACAGGGUCCGGUAUUGAUUGUAUCAUUCGUAUCUCAGCAAACACAGUGCGUACGGAACAAGACCGGAAAUGUCGUCGAGGGUGAUCCCGAAAAAGUCAUGCGAUUUUAUCACGUAUGGUGCUUCUGCAGAGAUCCCGAAGAGUUGAAUCCCAUUGCCGCCUGGAGAAUUAUCGACUUCUCGAUGAAUGCCAGUGAGCAGCUUAUAUAAGUAGUUCAUAGCAUAAGUUAUCAAUCUACUGGGCAUGGCUGCAGGCCAGAUUGCAACGUCGACCUGUCUAGCUUAUGGCCAAAAACAAGACGCGGGAAUAAGAGAUGAAGAUUUCCUUCAUUGCUAAUGUAAUCUUGAUUUCCGUGAGCAUGCUAGGAAAUUCAAUUCAAAUCAAUUUUAUACUACACAAGUCCAAUUUAUAUUUGCGGUUAAAUUGGAUUAACCAGUUACUCAUGAGUGCUUUCCUACGAAAAACAUUUAAUGAGAAUAACUAUAAAAUCUACUAGAAUUAGAAAGAGUGAGCAAGGCUAUCAAAAGAUAGCGAUGUAAUUCAAUAAAAGGAUAAGGAACGUGAGAAGGUUUUAGAACACUGUACACAUAUUAUAGAUAAGCUUCAGUUAGGACGAAUCCUACGGGAUUCGUAGUAUGGAGAGAAUAUUAGCGUUGCGGAGUAGGAACUAGCUAUGUGGUCAACAACUAGCGGGAACAAAUUUUUUUUAUCUACAGAAUAUUCGACUCGACAAUGCUGUUAUUUAUUAACUAUGUAAUAGGCAAAACAAGACAUUAACAUAGACACACUUUUUUUUUCGCUCUGUUAUAACGAAAAAUCACAUACUUCUAAAAUAAGUUAUGAAAAUAAUAAUAAGUUAUGAAAAUAAUAAUAUUAAGUUAUGAAAAAUACACUUCAUGUAACAUAGACUACUGCAAUAUUUGUCUUUUGGAAAACCGAGUUGCAUGGGAGAUUGGUUUCAUAUAGUGAUCAAGCCAUUAUUCUCCGUUUAGCGACGGUUGAGCGGUAAGACAUAGGAAAAAAGGGAUGUGGGCUUACAGUCGUAAAGAUGCACCUGCAAAGGCGCAGGGAGUCGAUUUCCAGGUAUUAUUUAAUCUUUCCUCAUUGUAUCCAUGUUGACGAUGUGCACAAAUGAGCGACUUCGCAUGCCUGUAUAUAUAUAUAUAUAUAUAUAUAUUUAUCAUAGUUGUGUAUAG